CCAUGGCGCAGCCGGGCCGCUGUCAUGUGAGGGGCAGGAAACCGACGCGGAGGAGGCACUCUGGGAAAUGUAGUUUCGGGGUUGCACCAGCAAGAGAAUCCUGGUUCCCAAGGUGAUUGCUGCAGGCUGUCUUGAGGCAUUGCUUUCUUCUGAGUUUCCAAUUUUAAGUACCUGAAAUGAUGUGAAGAUAGUUGUUCUGUUGGUCAGCUGCUUCCAGAUAUUGGUCAUGGGUCACCAGAAGAUGAUGUAGCAAUUCUUUCCAGGUGUUUCUCACUUCUUCUACAGUGUAUGAAACAGAGAAUAAGAAUUUCCAAGCAGAUCAAUAAAAGAGUGGUAUACAAUGCUUUUAAUGAUGGUAAUGGAUUUUUCCAGAUGUUAUUCUAAACACACUGACCAUCAUUUGCUGUGAUCCACUGCAGGAAGCAGAAAGAUACCAAGAACUGUCCUGAAGGAUAAGUCCACAGGAAAUUCUCAGCUGACCAAAAGGCAGACCAAGGAUCCAAUGAUAGCUGGACAAGUCAGUAAGCCCUUGCUGUCACUGCGGAGUGAAAUGAAUGCAGAGUUGAGAGGUGAGGACAAGGCAGCUACUUCAGACAACGAGCUGAAUGAGCCCUUGCUUGCGCCUGUGGAAUCAAAUGACAGCGAGGACACUCCCAGCAAGCUCUUCGAGGCCAGAGGAAACACAGUGCUGCCUGACACAAGCCCAGCAGACCAGCACCAACCCAGUCAGUCCCAUCCUGCAUUCCCUAUUGGACCUCAGCAGCUACUGACAGCCCAACAAUUAGCCUCAGCAGUAGCAGGGGUGAUGCCAGGAGGCACUCCAGCCCUUAAUCAGCCAAUCCUUAUUCCUUUCAACAUGGCUGGGCAGCUUGGGGGCCAACAAGGACUUGUCCUAACUCUACCUACAGCGAAUCUCACCAACAUCCAAGGACUGGUAGCAGCAGCUGCAGCAGGAGGCAUCAUGACUUUGCCAUUGCAAAAUCUACAAGCUACCUCAUCCCUGAACUCCCAGCUUCAACAGCUUCAGCAUCUUCAGCAGCUCCAGCACCAACAGCAGCAGCAGCAAAGCCAGCAGCAGCAGCAAAGUCAGCAGGCACAGACUCCACAGCCACCCCAGCAGACCCAGCAGCCACAGCCACAGCCAUCAGCACCACCACAGCAGAACCAAACACAGUCCCAGAGCCAGAGCCAACCUCCUCCAGCCCCACAGUCCUCCAGCUCCCCUCAGAAACCCAGCCAGUCACCAGGGCAUGGCCUUCCAUCUCCUCUUACUUCACCAAAUCCACUGCAGCUGGUUAAUAAUCCACUAGCAAGUCAAGCAGCAGCCGCUGCAGCAGCAGCAGCCAUGGGCUCAAUAGCAAGCUCCCAGGCCUUUGGCAAUGCCCUCUCCAGUCUUCAGGGGGUCACAGGUCAACUCGUCACUAAUGCACAAGGACAGAUUAUUGGAACAAUCCCAUUGAUGCCUAAUCCAGUCCCCUCCAGCCAGGCAGCAGGUGGAGCUCAGGGACUUCAGGUGCAGCCGAUAACUCCACAGUUACUGACCAAUGCCCAGGGUCAAAUCAUCGCUACUGUCAUCGGCAACCAGAUACUCCCAGUGAUCAAUACCCAGGGAAUAACUCUAUCGCCGCUCAAACCAGGCCAGCAGCUCCAUCAGCCCUCCCAGACGCAAGUGGGACAAGCAGCCUCACAAUCCAAUCUCCUGCAUUUGGCUCACAGUCAAGCAUCUAUGUCUCAAAGCCCAGUGCGUCAGGCUUCCUCUUCUUCCUCCUCAUCCUCUUCCUCUUCAGCUUUGAGCGUUGGCCAGUUAGUCAGCAAUCCUCAAACAGCCACUGGAGAGGUGGAUGGGGUUAACCUGGAAGAAAUCCGAGAAUUUGCCAAAGCCUUUAAAAUCCGGCGCCUGUCCCUUGGCCUGACACAGACUCAAGUUGGCCAAGCCCUAAGCGCCACUGAAGGCCCAGCCUAUAGCCAGUCUGCCAUCUGCAGACACACCAUCCUGAGAAGCCACUUUUUCCUACCACAGGAAGCCCAAGAGAACACUAUAGCUAGCAGUCUGACAGCCAAACUGAACCCUGGCCUUUUGUAUCCUGCCAGGUUUGAAAAGCUGGACAUCACCCCUAAAAGUGCCCAGAAGAUAAAGCCGGUGCUUGAGCGGUGGAUGGCUGAGGCUGAGGCCCGCCAUCGAGCAGGUAUGCAGAACCUUACCGAGUUUAUUGGAAGUGAACCAUCCAAAAAGCGCAAGAGGCGUACCUCAUUCACGCCACAAGCCCUUGAAAUCUUGAAUGCCCACUUUGAGAAGAACACACAUCCCUCUGGGCAAGAAAUGACAGAGAUUGCAGAGAAACUGAACUAUGACCGAGAAGUAGUUAGAGUUUGGUUCUGCAAUAAGAGGCAAGCACUGAAGAACACAAUUAAACGUUUGAAACAACAUGAGCCUGCGACAGCAGUUCCUAUGGAGCCUUUAACAGACUCUCUGGAAGAAAAUUCCUAAAAACAAAACUAAGCAAAACAAAACAAAACCACACAGAAAACAAAAUUGCACCAACAGAAACGCAACCAUUUGAACUCUGAGAAAAUACCUAUUCAUCACCCUUGUAAGUAAAAGACUGAGAAAACUACAAGAAGGACAGAACAGUUUAUAAAUGUCCAUGGGUUUUCCUAUUUAAAAAAAAAAUACACGACACUUAGUCUGUGUGUGUGUCGUAGAAUUAGUUCCCAAAAAAAAGAAAAAGCCAGUUUUUUUAAAUGGACUUAAAGUAAACCAAAUAACUGCUUACUUUUUUCUGUAUAUUAUGAAAAUAUGAACGCAUUUUAAGGAAAAACAAAAAAAAAAAAAAAAAAAAAAAAGAAAAAACUUUUAUCUGUUUAAAAGAGAAUACAAGCCUGCCACCUGGAGGAAUGAUUGUAGCCUUUCAGGUAUCAAGUGCUGAUUCACUAUGAAAACUAUUAACCAAAGUCAGAAACAUGGCAUUGCAAACUAGAUUGUUAGUCUACUCUUUUAUGAGUGUAAAAUUGUGUUAUGAAUUUUUACAUUUGUAUUUUGCAAAGAGAAAAACAACAGGAUUAGUUUCUCUCGUUCUUGUUUGCACCCCUGCAGGUGUGUACAAACAGGUGUUAAAGCCAUUCCAUAGUGGUCACCUCCUUUUCUUUUAGUCCAGAGUUUUGCAAUCUCCUAGUGUUUGGGUGCCAAAAAUAACUUCUUUUUAUUGUGAUUUGUGGGGUUUGGUGUUUCUCUUCUAAGGGUGUGUGUUUUGGUUUGCAUUUUUCUUUUUUUAUUUUUUGGUUCUGAUUCUAUUUACUGCCUCCUCCCCUCCAGCUCAUUCUCCACCCCUUCCCCAAACCCACAUAACUCAGUACUGUUUGAAGACUUUUAUAUUGAUACACUGAAAUGCAACAGAGGACCAAGAAGGAUUAGGAUUAUGUCUGAUGGACUGUCAGCCAUAAUUGCGCUUUUUGUCAAAUGUGUGGCUUGGGAUUUCUCUGUCCUUUGGCUGUGAACCUGCAGAGGUUACCAAAACUCAUUUUGUAGUAUAAAUAUAAACUGCACACUUGGUUUGAUACUGCAUCUAUAUUAUAGUUCCACUUGAAGCAAUUUCUCUCCAAAGUCUGCUAGCCAAAGAAAUUUUUUGAGAUUCUGAUGAAAACGAAUUGACAGGCCAAGAAGUGAUGAGGAGGUUUUGAUCGUUAGAUCACUAUGGACUGUUUCAAUGGUAGUGUUUUGUUUCUUUUGCUUUUUUUUGUGUUAUCCUGAUACUGAUGUUUGCCCUGUUAACUUCUUCAGUAGGAUGAUAUGUUUCUGCUGGUGUUUGCUGUGGCCACUGGCUAGCAUAAGCAACUGGGUUGUAGAGAAACCCAGUGAAUAUCCCUUGGUAAUGUAAGGUGGGUCACCUGCAAUAUUUUCCUUUAAAGACAGUUUACCUCUGUGGCUUCCUUUUUGAUUGGACAAACCACUAAAAUACUGUGGUCAUUGGACCUACAAGUAUACCAAUGCUUAGGGCAAAAGAAAAGUGUUUCAGGUUCUUGAUGGGGUAUGGGCUGACCUGUGAGGGUUGUCUGCAAUUUUCAUCUUUGGCUGAGUUCUGCUCCAGCCUUUAGGGUUCAGCCCUGUUAGGGUAAAAGCUGCGUCUUGAUCAGGUCUUCCCCAAAAAAAUAUCAGUGAUUUGGUUCAACUCACUGUAGAAAUGGUAAAAUUCUGCUCGUAUAACUCCUGAUUGCAGUCCUUGACCUUAGGAUGGUUGUACUGGAUUCCGGUCUACCCAGGAUGUUGAAGGAAGUUCCUGAAGUGCUGGAGUCUUCAAAUAACACCUCUUUUAUUAACAGAGUUUUCCAGAACUCAAGAACUCCAAAACUUAGUGAAAGAAACAGACUUUCAUUGAUUUCAAUAGGCUUUGAAUCUGGCCCUCACUAUUUUAGUAAUAGGAUUUGCCUUGUAGAGUGUGGUAUUUGCUGCAUGGCUGGGGGAGUUUUAAGGUUUCAGAGAACCAUUAUCAGGGCCAGAAACUGCUUCUAAAUGUGAGCACUCUCAAAGGUCAGGGUUGGAGAGCACUGACAAUCCAGUACUCCAGGAUGGGCUCACGUCCAGCAAAUGCAUUUUAGGCUUUAAGCUUCAGCAGGGUAUGUUUAAGGAUAUUUUCAGUAUUGCUUUUAUGAGGAGGAGAGUGAAGAUUGUUAUUGACUCUUUUUCAACUGUUGAUAUAUAAAUAACUGCUGGGGGAAAAUCACCUCAGUAACCACAGGCAAAUUGUGAGGGACAAAGAAGAUGCUUUACCCAAGCUGAGCAUGUAAAGUAAAGAGAGUCUCAUAGCUACAUCUGCCCCUCUGAGUUUUUGGGGUUUUUUGCCCUCUGUCUCCCAAGAUACCUAUAUCCACAGAAAUAUCUCUGUUAUCUAUAUCAAACAGCCCCAAAUUUGUGGCCACAGUUCAAUUUACAUAACGAUCAGACCACCAACCAGAAGCCAACAGGGAAGCAGGGAAGAACAGAUCGUAUUUGGAAGCAGACACUCCUGAAAUCCUACCCGAGUCUCCAGUACAGUCCUAAUUCCCCAGUCAUUAAUGCCACAUACACAAUUACCCAUUCAGUCAUCCUUAAGACCAUAGUCUCCUCCGCUCCAUCCCCAUCAACCAUUCUUUGCCUAAAAAUGAAAUUUCCAAUUCUCCCAGGGACUGCUCUAAAUUCCAUGAAGAAAAAUCCCUCAAGAAGAAAAGUUAACUAAACAGUGUAUGAAAGAUACUAAAUGUUUAAAAAUAUGCUGGCAGCAGUUACAUAAGCUCUUUUCUGUUCCAAAGUACAUGUCAGAAGGAUAAAACUAGGACAGUGAAAAUGUAAAAUAAAUAUAAAUUGCCAGCUUGGAAGAAAAAAUAAUGUUCAUCCCACAGUCUUAAAACCAUUCAUGUGCAGUGAUUUUUUUUACAGUUUUCUAAUUUUGUAUUAUGUUUUGUAAAUUAUUUAUAAAGUGUUGUAAUGCUUCUUAUAUUAAUUUUUCUAUAAACAAAUAUUUGCAAUGAGGCAUAAAUGGUGCCUGAACAGAUUCUUAGGAAGAUAAAUUAUGUGUGAGUCAUAUAUCUUUGGGAGGCCAUAAAUAUUUUGUUUUAUUUUGUUACUAGCAACAUUUCUCAUUUCCAUUUGUAAACAAUUUUCAUGUACUCAUAACAUUUGAAUACCUUUUAAUUUUGCAUGUGACUAAAGGAUAGAUUGCUACCAGCAAAUGAAACAAAAGUCUCUUCAGUCAUAUGUGAUUGUUUAAUGGUUUUCCAAUUUAUUGAUAAUUGAAUUUUUUAAAAUAUAUGUAUAAAUAUUGUUUGAAUAAUGAACCAAGGGUUCACUUACUGUUCUGAUUUUGUCUUUUUAUGUUUUUCACUAAAAAGCUAUUUUGGACAGUUGAAGAAAUCAAAUGCAUUCAAAUGGUUCAAAUUUCUUUAUGUUACUACUGAAAAAGAAAAAAAAGCCAAAAAAAGAAAAGAAAAUAAAUGAAAAGAAAAAAAAUAAAAAGAGAGAACAAGAAAGCAAAAAGGAGCUAGGAAGGAACAAGUAGAGGCGUAUCAAAGAACUCAAGCUAUAACCAAAAAGAAAUAUGUAAAAUGCCUUUGCUCGUCUUCUCAAUGCUGGACCAAAGCUCAAUGUAUGUAGGUAUAUGCACAUUGUAUAGAUAUGGCUAAAUGUUGCUGACAAUCUCGCAAUACUAAACUGUUACUAUUUAAAAAAAAUACAAAAAUAAAACUGUUCAUCAGUGUUUUACCUCAGCACUCUACUUGUACCCAGUUAUUGACCAACAUUCAAAUAAGAAGAUAAGAGAGUAAAUUGAUUUCCAUGUCAAUGUUUGACUGUAAAAUCUGUUUGGAAAACAUUUUGUAAUGAGCUUUUCGUCACGUGGUUUGCUUGUUUCCAACUCAAGAUUAUGUGGGGCACAUUUGUUUAUUUAUUGUUAAAAAGUGAUAUUAUUUAUUAUUAUUAUUAUUAUUUUUUUAUUUAUUUUUUUUUUUGUCUUAUGUGCUAUAAACUACAGAAUGGUCACCAGGGUCACUUAUGAAGCACUGCAAAGAGAUCUGUUUUUCCAUGCAUGGAGCAUGCAGCAGGAAAGAUGGCAGUACAAAAUGGACUGUAUUGUGUUGUUAAAAAAUAUGAAUAAAUGCAAAAGGAGUCAAUAUGGUGGACUUGUGACCAAGAAAACAAACUGGAUAUAUAGAAGCUCCUUACUACUCUGACUUUGAAACCAAAGCUGAUUUAUCUGCACAGGUUGCUUAACAUGAAAAAAAAAAAAAAACUGACAAAAACU